AUUUUCACCACCAUUGGUUGAUAUCUCAUGAGCACAUAGUCCUUUUUCUUCACUCACUUGAUCAAAUCAAGUGCUCUAAUGACAAUUUCCCCCUUAUUUUGUUUUACUAGUUCCAAAUAGAGGGCCUGAAUCUUUUGUUUUCAGUGUUUUAUGAUCUCUUUUUAAUCUUAUCAUUUUUCCCCAUGAAGUUCUUUGCUGCUAAACCCUAACUAGCAGAGGAAGUACAUGCUGGGAUGCUCAAGAUUAUACUCUGUUUUUGGUAUAAUACUUUGUUUGAAUGGCUGAGAAUGAAGGGGACAUUCCCUUAGUUUUGGCAAUGAAUUUAAUGAUAGGCUAACCAUUUCUUUUUGUGGACUUCAAUCAUUCAUUGUGCAUAUUUGCUGCUAAAAGCCCCUAGUCUAACCUGCAAGUGGAAUGAGUUGCUUGGACUUUGAUUAGGUGAGCUAAUCCUGGACUCCUACCCUAAUCUUUUUAUCCACUUUCCAAUUUCCACACUUGAACCAAAAAAAUUAUCUUCAUUCCCAACCAAAACACAAUUAGAAGAGUACCAACUCCAUCCCAUCAACUCCUAUUUCAGAAAUCAAAACUGUAAGUAUCUAUAUAUACACAUACUAGCAUAUGCACCUUCAAUGCAUCACCAAAACAUCAAAAGAAAACUACUCUUAUUUGCGUGCUCUUAAAUCUAUUUCAUGAAUACCCACGGCUUUCUUUCAAUCACAAACAAGGUCAUGGCCUCAGCUUAUCUUCUGUUCCUUACCUUCAGCAUUGCAAUUGCCUCCUCAGCUCCGACGCUAGAUGAAGAACCACCAGUUCCAGUGGUGCCCCCACAGCCAUUCCCUACACCAUUAACACCUACACAACCUAAUCCUAGUGUAGCUGCAGCCAGCAGUGGCUCAAUAGUCAACCCUGACCAUGCCUUAACCUUCUUCAUGCAUGAUAUCCUUGGUGGGUCAAACCCCACUGCUAGAGCAGUGACUGGCAUUGUCAGCAAUCCGGCAGUCAAUGGUCAAGUCCCGUUUGCCAAACCCAAUGGUGCAGUCCUCCCAGUGGACAAUGGGGUGCCUCAAAACAACAACAAUAAUGGCCUUAUAAACAACAACAACCUACCAUUCCUCACAGGCCUCAGUGGCACCACAGCAAAUGUGGUCCAAAACAAUGGCAACAAUAACUUGAAUGGAUUUAACUUCCCAGUUGUCAAUGGUGACCAACUUCCAUCCACUCUCCAACAGCUCAUGUUCGGAACGAUCACAGUAAUCGAUGAUGAGCUAACUGAAUCGCAUGAUUUAAGGUCAGGAUUUGUAGGCAGGGCACAAGGAUUCUACGUGGCAAGUUCUGUGGAUGGUACUAGCCAAACUAUGGCCUUUACAACUAUGUUUCAGAAUGGUCAUUAUGAGGAUAGUCUUACCUUUUUUGGGGUUCACCGGACUGCAGUGUCUGAGUCUCAGCUUGCAAUUAUGGGUGGCACUGGAAAGUAUGUUAAUGCCAAGGGUUUUGCCAUUGUUAAGACCUUUCCUGCUACUAAUCAGCAUGAGACUGAUGGUGUUGAGACCCUGCUGGAGUUUACUGUUUAUGUUAGUUACUAAUAUAUCUGUGUUUGAUGGAUAUCAUUGUUGGAUUUUUUUAAGAAUAUUGUAACAUGUAGUUAAGGAAGAUGUCAGAUUUGGGGUUGUGUGUGAACUGUGAAGCAUGUUCAGUAAAAAUUUAAGAAAUUUCAGUUUAUUUUCAUGGAGUUUGGAAAGAAAGAAAAUUAUUCAU